AUGAAAAAAAGGAAAAAGAAAGUCGGAGAUAGAGCUCUCUUAUCGGUAUGUGUUAGUCAAACAGUUCCGAGUGAACAAGUGGUCGUGGCACAAUCUCACAAUGAUUUGACAGAGGAAUUUGUUACAAUGGACCUGUUCAUUACCAGAUUCUCCACCCUGAGCAUGCCAUGUGGAUCACAGAGUACAAUCCUUCUGAAGGAGCACGAAUCGACAAAGGUAGUGGAACAGGGGAACAAAAUUUUGAAUGAGAGCAAUGAACAUGCCCCAACUGUCAGAGGACUUGAGGAGGUACCACCUAGGAGGAGGAAUAUGGUGACACAUGGAUGA